GUGGGCCGCUCUGUUCCGCAGGCGGAGACGAGGCAGAGCUGAGAGGACGCGCAGGGGAGGUGACCUCGCGGCAGGAGGGCACCAUUGUCACUCACACUUUGAGGUUUGAAUGACCCUCAUGAAGCUGCGUAAGGAGGCAUCCUUUCUGCUGCUUCCUUUUCCCAUCACAUACUUCCUUCAGAAGAGGAUGGGCAGAAGAAAAAGGUGAACUUUUUACCAGGGAGGGACAUAUGAAGUAAAUGCAGCUUAAUUUAGAUCAUUUUUAUUUACAGGUAAUAAAUCAUCAUUAAUCAAGAAGAUGUCUUCAGCACCGGAAUCUCCUGGCUUUAAAAAGGAACCACCCAAAGAGAAAGACUUUCGAAACCCAGGGCUCAGAGGGGUCCGCACAACAACUUUAUUUCGAGCUGUGAAUCCAGAGCUCUUCAUUAAACCUAACAAACCUGUAAUGGCUUUCGGAUUGAUAACCCUUUCACUUUGCGUGGCGUAUAUUGGUUAUCUACAUGCAACACAAGAGAAUACAAAGGACCUAUACGAAGCUAUUGAUAGUGAGGGACACAGUUACAUGAGGAGGAGAACAUCUAAAUGGGAUUAAUAGUGCUGGAUACCGCAGAUGGAGCUUCGUAAAGGGCUCUGAAAUCUUUGAAGGAAAGACUUUGUGAGUGCCUAGUAUCAGCUUCUUGUUCUGGAACAUGUUGAUGAGGAGAGAAGGUAGCAGUUGCAGCCAGGCCUUGAGGCUGCAGUCCUUAUCUCAUUCUUUCUCCACAGCGGGAGCUUCUUAAUAUUGUUCUUUUAUUAAGUCCUCGUAUCAAAGUGCCAGGAAAAUGGAAAUCAUUUUGUUAAUUAUUAAGUUCUAUAUAAUAAAAGUACCCAAUGCUA